AUGUUAAUUCCUAUAUCCGCACGAUAUCUAUCUAUCUAUCUAUCUAUCUAUCUAUCUAUCUUGUGUAUAUUUCUCUCUUUCUUUUUAUCUCUCUCCCAUCUCUAUCUUUCUGUCUCUCUCAUCUCUCUCUUUAUUUUUAACUCUCUCACCCUUCUCUCUUUCUCUCUCUAUCUCCCAUUCUCUCUUUUUAUCUCUCAUUCCCCUCUCUUUCUCUCUCUCUCCCCAUCUCUCUCUCUCUCUCUUUAUCUCUCUCCCCUCUGUCUUUCUCUAUGUCUUUUUUUAUCUCUCCACUCUCUCACUUUGUUUUUCUCCAUCUCUGUCUCUUUUACCUCUUUGUCCUUCUCUCUUUCUCUCUCCAUCUCUCUCUUUUUACCUCUCUCUCUGUUUUUAUCUCUCUUUCCCUCUCUUUCUCUCUGUUUUUUUAUCUCUCUCUCUUUCUCUCUUUCAUUUUAUCUCUCUUCCUCUUUCUUUCUCUCUGUCUUUUUAUAUCUCUCUCCCCUUCUGUCUUUCUCUCUGUCUUUUUAUCUUUCUCACCCCUCUCUCUUUCUUUUUCUCUCCAUGUCUCUCUUUUUUACCUCUCUCUCACCUUCUCUCUUUCUCUCAGCAUCUCUCUCUUUAUCUCUCUCCCCUCUCUCUUUAUUCCUCUCUCCAUCUCUUUCACUUUUUAUCUAUCUCUCCCCUCUCUUUCUUUCUCUUUCCAUCUCUCUUUCUCUCUCUCAAUAUAUAUAUCACAAUGUUGUCAUAUUUUCAUUAUAG